GAAUCGGCACAGGGGCUGGUGUUGGGCGCGUACUUCUACGGCUAUACAGUGACACAGUUUUGCGGCUCAUAUGCGGACAAAUUUGGCGCCAAAUGGAUGACCGGUUUGGGUGUGUUUAUGCCGGCGCUGUUCAACGCACUCAUACCGAUCGCCGCCGGCGUUCACUACUCGCUGGUGAUUGUAUUGCGGGCACUGAUCGGCGCCUUUCACGGUGUCGUCUAUUCGUGUCUAUUCUCGAUGUUUAAUAAGUGGUUCCCGCAGUCGGAGAAGCGGUGGGCCAUCAGUGGCACCAUAUUUCUGGGCAACUUUGGCGGUGUUAUCGCAAUGCCUUUGACUGGCUAUCUAUGCGAAUCGCAUCUACUGGACGGCUGGCCCAAUGUCUACUAUCUCACAUCAUUGGCACACAUCCUAUGGUUUGUAUUAUGGCAUCUGUUGGUCAGUAAUACCCCCGAAGAAGAUAAUAACAUAUCCGACGCCGAACUCCAAUACAUUACCCAAAAUAAUCCUCAAUCAAAAAGUGUGAAAAACCUGUCGAUUCCCUGGAAAGCGAUCUUCACGUCGAGACCCGUCUGGGGCUCAAUAGUGACCAAAAUGUGCGGACAGUUUGGCUACUUUGUGUUGUGCACCAAAAUGCCAGCUUAUAUCGAUCAGGUGUUUGGCCUCACCAUACAGUCCAACAGUUGGUUCAACUCAAUGAUGUACGGAUGUCUGUGUGUCACUAACAUCAGUGCCGGCCCUCUAUCUAAUUGGGUCCGCAAUAAGGGCUGGUUUUCAAACACCAGGAAUUGCAAGAAUUUUCAAAGUUUGGCUCUUAGUUUAGUGCUAAUCCCAAUCGUGGGCUGCAAUAGCGGUGCAGUCAUAGCCCUAAUGUUGUUAUCAAUGCUAUCGUACGGCACAGUAACGGGUGGCGAGUAUGGGGUUAUACCGGACUACGCGCUCAACUACUCGGGCACUAUCUUCGGUGUGGCCAACACUCUGGCCUCCACUCCAGGAUUCAUAGGACCCCUUAUAAUUGGUCUGCUUCUCGACCACGGGGACGGAUCUAAUGUGCGAAACCAGUGGAAUAUAUUGUGGUAUAUGUCGGCCGCAAUCUAUGUGUUGGGUGGACUGGCCUUUGAGCUCUUGGGCUCAGCUGAGCCCCAGCACUGGGCUAUUGGCACAUACAUCUGGAGCGAGUCAAUACAGGGCGUAAUACUGGGCUCGUAUUUCUACGGCUAUACAGUGACACAACUGUUGGGCUCAUACGCGGACCGGUUGGGCGCCAAAUGGAUGGCCGGUUUGGGUGUGUUUGUGCCCGCGAUAUGCAAUGCACUCAUACCGGUGUUGGCGGACAUUCAUUACUCACUAGUGAUACUCAUGCGACUACUGGACGGCUGGCCCAAUGUCUACUAUCUCACAUCAUUGGCACACAUCCUAUGGUUUGUAUUAUGGCAUCUGUUGGUCAGUAAUACCCCCGAAGAAGAUAAUAACAUAUCCGACGCCGAACUCCUAUACAUUACCCAAAAUAAUCCUCAAUCAAAAAGUGUGAAAAACCUGUCGAUUCCCUGGAGAGAGAUCUUCACGUCGAGACCCGUCUGGGGCUCAAUAGUGACCAAAAUGUGCGGACAGUUUGGCUACUUUGUGUUGUGCACCAAAAUGCCCACUUAUAUCGAUCAGGUGUUUGGCCUAUCCAUACAGUCCAACAGUUGGUUCAACUCAAUGAUGUACGGAUGUCUGUGUGUCACUAACAUCAGUGCCGGCCCUCUAUCUAAUUGGGUCCGCAAUAAGGGCUGGUUCUCAAACACCAGGAAUUGCAAGAAUUUUCAAAGUUUGGCUGUUAGUCUAGUGCUAAUCCCAAUCGUGGGCUGCAAUAGCGGUGCAGUCAUAGCCCUAAUGUUAUUAUCGAUGCUAUCGUACGGCACAGUAACGGGUGGCGAGUAUGGAGUUAUACCGGACUACGCGCUCAACUACUCGGGCACUAUCUUCGGUGUGGCCAACACUCUGGCCUCCACUCCAGGAUUCAUAGGACCCCUUAUAAUUGGUCUGCUUCUCGAUCACGGGGAUGGAUCUAAUGUGCGAAACCAGUGGAAUAUAUUGUGGUAUAUGUCGGCCGGAAUCUAUGUGUUGGGUGGACUGGCCUUUGAGCUCUUGGGCUCAGCUGAGCCCCAGCACUGGGCUAUUGUGACCGACAACACAAAGCCCAACCCCUCUCCGGAUAUAAUGGUCGGUGUCUUGGGAUCAAUUGGCUGUACACUUGUAUAUCUGUUGCGAUCCAAUCUGAGUGUUGCCAUCAUUGCGAUGGUCGACGAGAGGACAAUUCAGGCGGACAGGGAUGACAUGCAAACCGACGAUUUGUGUUACGACAGCAGCACCUAUAAUAAAACCGGUGGACAUGAAUAUAAGGGCACAUACAUCUGGAGCGAGUCAAUACAGGGCGUUAUAUUGGGCUCGUAUUUCUAUGGCUAUACAGUGACACAAUUGCUGGGCUCAUACGCGGACCGGUUGGGCGCCAAAUGGAUGGCCGGUUUGGGUGUGUUUGUGCCCGCGAUAUGCAAUGCACUCAUACCGGUGUUGGCGGACAUUCAUUACUCACUAGUGAUACUCAUGCGAGUACUGAUCGGCGCCUUUCACGGUGUCGUCUACUCGUCUCUCUUCUCGAUGUUUGCCAAAUGGUUCCCACAAUCGGAGAAGAAUAUGGCCCUCACGGGCACCACAUUUGCCGGCAAUCUGGGCGGAGUGAUCACUAUGCCGUUGGCCGGCUAUCUCAUCAAAACCGAUUGGUUGGACGGCUGGCCAGUGGUCUUCUAUCUGACAUCGUUUGUGCACUUAAUAUGGUUCGCGUUUUGGUGUUAUUUUGUGUCCAACAGUCCCGAUGAGGACCCGAAGAUCACCGAACGUGAGCUGAAGUACAUUGUGUCCAAUAAUCCCAACUCGAGGAAAGUGAAGAAUCUGAAGAUCCCGUGGCGGGCAGUGUUCACGUCGCGGGUGGUCUGGGCGUCGGCUGUGGCCAAGUCUACGGGCAGUUUUGGUUAUUACCUGUUGUGUACAAAAAUGCCUCAAUAUCUGGACUCCAUAUUCGGAAUGGCUAUCCAUACCAACAGUUGGUUCAAUGCGCUCAUGUAUGUUGUCAUUUGCACAGCCCUACUGUCCGGCAGUCCCCUCUCGGCGUGGGUUAAGCGCAAGGGUUGGUUCACGCAGACCAGGAAUCGCAAGAAUUUCCAGAGUUUAGCAAUGUUUGGUUGCGGUUUAUGUCUACUACUGGUGCCGAUUGUCGGGUGCGAUGGCGACGCCGUAAUCGCUUUGCUAUUGAUAAGUAUGUUUGUCUACGGAUUCAUAAGCGGUGGUGAAUACGGUGUGAUCGCGGAAUACGCGCCCGACUAUUCGGGUACAGUGUUCGGUGUGGCCAAUACGCUGGCGUCGGCCACCGGUUUUGCCGGCCCUCUCAUUGUUGGCGUAUUACUCGAUCACGGAGACGGGUCGGGUGUUAGGCAUCAGUGGAAUAUAGUGUGGUAUUUGUCGGCCGCUAUCUAUAUAUUUGGUGGUAUUUUCUACGAGGUGUUCGGCAGCGCUGAGCCCCAGCCCUGGGCUGUAGUCGAUGAACGAGAUUAUCAAAUGGAGAGAAAAAUUACGUUUAUCUCAGAUUAUUAUACAAUUUAG